AUGAGGUCUAGCUGGCUCUUGAGGUCGUCACUCUGCGUCUCCACGUCAGCUGAGGGAUGUGACCAUUGGGAAACAGCGUACGACCACGUGGUCGUACGUAGAACAAAGGUCCACCAGCCACCGACCGUUUGCAUUCAGCAUCCCGGAGCCGUGUUGAUCCAUCACAUGAUGCCGAUGUCAGAUGGAAUUGUCUACCCUAACGUGCGCGUUCAUGUGUCCGUGAACGAUCGAUAA